AUGGUCAAAGUACUUCCCAGCAUUCUCUGCGCUGGCGUCGCGGUCGAGGCGGCUGCCAUUCGAGGAGGCGGGUUCCCACGGGGAGGCGCUCAUAUUAGCAGACUGGCCGAAGACCCCUACUCUCUUCCUUCGCUCAGUGUCAACGUAUCAGCGAGAGCUGAGGCUCUUCGAGUGAAGCGUGAGGGUUGGCAAUACGGGCCAUCUAUAGCCGGCAAUACAUCUUUCUAUCCGGUCGGCGCUUUAGCUGACGUCGCUACUAAGGCGGAUACCAACACUCUUUUCGCUUUCCAGGACAAGCACACUGCCAACGUUGGCAUUGAUAAACAGAAUGCCUUGGACGCUGUAAACGCUACGGGGGGUAUCAAGUCGCUUGACGAGUACCACAAGCUUUACGACCAUGAAUGGGUUAUAACUGUUCCGGAAGGACCCUAUAUAGGUAUGCUGUCAAACUACACGAGCGACCUCCUCUUCUCUAUGGAGCGCCUCUCUGUAGCUCCAGCCAGUGUUGCCCGGGUGGGCGCAAACGACGGAUUAUUAUUCACCGUUGCCAACGCGGCAUCGAUCACCGGACUGUCGCUUGAGCAGCUUCAAGCCCAGGGCCGUCUCUUUAUCAUCGACUACUUGGACCAGAAAGACCUACCCCGAAGCAGCGAUAUUAAGUUUGGUGCAGCUUGCCAGGCUUACUUUUAUAUCCACCCCGAGUCAGGUGACUUCUUGCCUCUGGCCAUCAAGCCGAAUGUCGAGGGAUCAGACCUCGUCUACACGCCUGAAGACGAGGAGAAUGACUGGACGUUGGCCAAGUUGAUGUUCAACUUGAAUGAUGUAUGGUUCACUCAAUGGUUCCACUUGGCUGCCGGCCACGAGACCGCCGAGAUCGUCUAUUUGGCUGCUAUCCGAACAUUGAGCGAAGAACACCCUCUCAUGCCCUUUCUUCACCGACUGAUGAAACAGGCAUGGGCGAUGCGUCACUCCGCGGAGCAACGACUUAUCAACGUCGGCGGCCCAGUUGACCAGUUAUUUCCCUGGGCAGGAUCAAGUGCAGGCGUGUACACCGACGCACUAUACCAAUCCGGCUUGGCGAGCAAGUUCCGUGCCAAUUAUCUGGAGGCCAACCUAAAGAGCCGCGGGCUGCUUAACAGCGCCUUCGGCCCCAAACUCAAGAGCUUCCCUUACCUCGAGGACGCGACCCUCGUAACAGACGCGAUCCGCACUUUUAUGAAGUCCUUUGUAUCAUCGUACUACCUUACGUCCGACGACGUGACCGCGGACAAGGAGCUGCAGGCAUGGAUUAAGGAGGCCGGACCUGCCGAGAUUAAAGAUUUCCCCACGGCCGUCACCGACGUCGAUGGCGUCGUCGACAUUAUGACACACAUGUGUUACCUAGUCGCCGUGCAACACGGCGUGCUUAACUCCAACAGCCCCGUAGCCUCGACGGCAUCGUUGCCGCUACACCCGCUCGCUUUCUACCACCCGCUGCCGACGGAGAAGGGUGUUACCAACAUUAUGCAGUACAUGCCGCCACUAGCUGCCGCCGUCGGACAGAUCUCGCUACUGGCUGCGUUCAACCGGCCGCAGUUCCUAGACACCAACCAGACCCUCUCAUACUUGUUCGACGACUCCGAAAUCCUGGCCCGCAUGAACCCUGAGACGAAAAAGGCGGCGGCGGCCUUCCGCGUGGAGAUGGAUGCGUUCAGCAAGGUUGUCCGCUCGCGCAAGUUCGACGCCGACGGACUCUCACAGGGCAUGCCGUUCCUCUGGAAUGCGCUUGACCCUAAUAGAGCGCCGUACUGGGUUACGAUCUGA